UUCACCUCUGCUGGGAAAUAUGGAGAAAUAAAUGAUAACCUCGCUAUCCUGCUUCAAAAACCGGUGGAUUAAAGCAACAUUGUGUGGAAGAUGUAAGCUGUUUUGGAAACACGAUGGAGGGGACUUUGUUAUCAGUGGAGGGCGAAAAGCCCCAGAAGCGAGUGAGGUUCAGGGUGGCUUCAGGGAGCAGCGGCCGGGUUCUGAAGGAGAUGUUUAAAGAUGACGGGCCGUCAGACUCUCUGGACUCGGACUGCACCAGUAGCUCGGAAGUGGAGCGGGCCAGCACACCAUCCACCAGCGGAGAGCCCAAUGGUCACAUUGCGGUGUACCUGGGCUCCGAGUUGGACGACAGCGAGAGCGAGCCAGAUGACUUGCUUCUGUAUGCUGGAGCCAAGGACAAGGACAGAGUGUUCAGCACCAAACGGGUCAACAUCCUGAGCAAGAAUGGGACAGUGCGGGGAGUCAAGCAUAAAGUCAGCGCUGGGCAAAUAGUGUUCGACAACCUGACCAAAAUCACUGAGCCUGAGCUGACUCUGGAGUUUGGCCGGAUCGUGAUCUACACCACCAGCUUCCGUGUGGUCAGAACGACGUUUGAACGUUGUGAGCUGGUGCGCAAGAUUUUCCAGAACCACAGGGUGAAGUUCAUGGAGAAGAACAUCGCUCUGGACAGUGAGUAUGGCAAGGAGCUGGAGGCGCGCUGCAGACGGGUGGGAGAGCCUCCUUCCCUCCCUGUGGUCUUCAUCGAUGGACACUACUUGGGGGGUGCAGAGAAAAUACUGAGUAUGAAUGAAUCAGGGGAACUGCAAGACCUCCUGACUAAAAUUGAGAGGGUACAGCACCCCCACACAUGCCAGACGUGUGGCGGCUUUGCCUUCAUGCCCUGCUCUAUGUGCCAUGGCAGCAAGAUGUCUGUGUUCAGGAACUGCUUCACGGACUCCUUCAAAGCCCUCAAGUGCACUGCAUGCAACGAGAACGGCCUUCAGCCAUGUCCCAGCUGCUCCCACUAAGUGCCUGCACACCUCCCUGACUAUCCACUCUCCUUCUUCUCACCCACCAUUUGCCAUG